AUGUCUAAAAACUGUCUGGCACUGAAUCAUGACUGUCUCAAGCGGACAUUCGCACACCAGCUAUAUCUUGCCUUCGAGCGCUCACGAUAUCCACCCAAUAAACCCAACCCUUCAGACCAUAUACCUUUUGCAAAUUGUCCAUCAGCUUUGUCCCACACGUCCAUAGCUCCAUCGACCUCAUAUCUGCUCAUCAACAUGACAAUCAUAUCGUGUUUCAAGUAUGGCUUGCUCAUAACCUGCCUUCUAUCUCCCGUCACCGGCUUGUUCCAUGUUCCAUUCUGGUCCGGCUCCAAGACGACAAAGCAGGUACGUCAACAAGUCCAAAUUACUGAGCUCCCAAUGGAGUGUGAGAUGAUCCACCGCCAACUUGCACCAAGCAACAACACCCGCUCCAUUGGAUACCUCGUUAUAAUCGCGAACCUUGAGGACAUGGCUGAUGUUAAGUCCGAGCAGAUCCAACCGCUCAAGCCGGCAUGGACCCUUGAACAGUUCCAACAACAAUUCCAAGAUGCUAAGACUUCGGUAAACAACCUCGCUCCGGGAGCAAGCGUCAUGUUCGAUGAGUAUCGCCGUUUCCAACUGGAUAUCGCCGACUGCUUGGCCGACAACAAGCGCAAGGACGAAGUGAUUGACGGCCUGAAGGUCGAAGUCAGCACCACUCGAGCCGAUCACAAAGCGGACAAAGCGAUUAUCGACAAGUUGGAGGCUAAACUCAACGACGCACAGGUCGUGAUCCAGGUCCAGACUCAGGAACGUACGAUGAUGUGCGCAAACAUGACGGGUCUCGAGAUGAAGAACGAGAUGUUGCUGCAACGGCUACAAAAGAGCGCGGAGGGUGUGCGGAUUGUGGCUGAACUUGGCAACAUGCAUUUUUGA